GGAGCUAAGGAUCUGUUCUUGGUCUCGCUCUGAUGGCAACUAAACAGGGGCAUGGCAAGUGGGUAAAGGCCCAAUUUGCCUCUUCCAAGGAAGUUGCUGCUUAAGCAUAUAACCAGUCUUCAGAUGAGAUGAGAAUGGAAUACCCGCGCACUCGCCGUCCUCUUUCGAAAUAAUCAAAUAUAUAGAAGCCGAACUCACCGGAGCUUACUUGGAAAUCGAGCUUUUCCUUUGGUCCACCCAACCGAGGAUAUGAUCUGAUCAAUUGCAGUGCAGAUCCCCCGAUGGAUUCCUUCAUCGAUCAUGAAGUUGCGGCUUCUGUGGUGAAGAAAAGGCGCCACUAUACGAGCAAGCAAAGGAUCCUCCUUGUUGGGGAAGGAGACUUCUCCUUUUCCCUCAGCUUGGCCACCGCCUUUGGGUUUGCGACUGGAAUGGUCGCCACAUCUCUGGACUCCAAAGAUCGGCUUGCUUACAAGUAUUGUUCAGCCACGAGUAAUGUAGAAAGGCUGCGACAGUUGGGUUGCCGAGUUCUUCAUGGAAUUGAUGCAACAACAAUGAGCAAGAACCUUAGUCUAAGGACCAACAAAUUCGAUAGAAUCGUCUACAACUUUCCGCAUGCAGGCUUUAUAUGCUCUGAAACCUCAGCAUUUCAAAUUGAGUUGCACAAACAUCUGUUGAUGGGAUUCUUUGAAAACGCGAGGGAGUUGCUGUCUCAUAGCCAUGGCGAGGUCCAUGUUACUCACAAGCAGGGGCAUCCCUACAGCAAGUGGGAAUUGGAGAAAAUAGCAGAGAAGAAUGGAUUUGUUCUCAUCGAGGCCUCACGCUUCAGGUUGAGCGAUUACCCUGGCUACCUCAACAAGAGGGGUGCGGGGUCUCAUCCUGACCGAACAUUCUACGUCGGCAAGGCCAGCACUUUCAGGUUCAAGAUGGACGCCGGCCUCCUCGAUUGGCCGGAUCUUAUAUCGUUGCAAAUGGUUUAUGAGUGUUUUGCUGAGACUGGUAAUAGUACGGCUGUUAUAAAGGUCGAAGUUAUGGAAGAUGAAGGUACUGAAGCUACGAAUGAUUCCGACGAAAAGAUGUGUCUAACUGUUGAAAGAACUAAGCCGGUGCACGAAACUUUGGUCCACAGGCCUGUGCACACAACUAGCUUUCCUGCAAUCAAUACUCCAGAUAAAAAAUGCAAGCUGCCAGAAGAUGACAAAUCUACUGCAAUUUUAAAGUUGUUGAUAAAGAUGGUAAAAUUUCUAGUACGCGUUUGUUUCCACCCUUUUCAUUGAAGGGGAAACUCCAGCUGAGUGAGGAAAUAAUUAUAACCCCGACUCCUGGCGUGGUUAAAACCUGAAAGGUUGCUGCAGGAUAUAAAAGGAACAACGCGACCACUGGAAGCUGCCGGAUUGUCUCCCCCCUGGCCGGUCUCAGAUGUGCUGAAUCACGAUUGCUUGUUACUUCCAAAACCCUUUUUCUGUCAAUCGAAGAAGAAAGAUACGUAGUUGCCGCUAAGACAGCAGAUGGACCAUGUAAUCACAAAGGAGAUGGCAAAGUUUAGAAAGGGAUGGUUUGUAAUUUCGCAUAUAUAUAUAUACGUUACUGUGUUGCAUCCGCCUCCAUCGGCGAGGCUGGGCUUUCAGA